AGUAGUUCGCUUCGCUGUCUUCUCCGAUUGGGAAAAAAGAGAGAGAGAAAACGGCCGAACCCGCGAUCUCGCGAACCUGGGAGAUGGCGGCCGGCGACGAGGCAUGGUGCCGGGAGAUGGUGCCCCGGGUGAUGGAGCUGGUGAGCCCGCGCCUCCCCCAGCGGGACGCCUGCGCCCUGCUGGCCGUCAGCCCCUGGUGCCACCGCGCCCUCGCCGCCAACCCCAAGCUCUGGGAGGUUCUUGAUCUGCAUGAGAUGAACAAAGCUGGCGACCGACUUAUUUCAGCCUUGUCGCUGAAAAGAUAUUGUCGUCUCAAAGUUAUUAACCUUGAAUUUGCUCAAGAUAUUGAUGACCGACAUUUUUUUCGUCUGAAAGAAAUGGGAUGCACCUCACUGCAAGAGUUAGAGUUCUUGAACCUAAACGCAUGUCAGAAGGUUUCUGACAAAGGAAUUGAAGCUAUUACAAGUCUUUGCCCGAAUCUUCAGGCCCUUUCUAUCUAUUGGAUUGUUGGACUGACAGACUUAACCAUUAGUCACAUUGUGAAGAACUGCAAGCACAUAGUGGACCUGAAUUUGAGUGGUUGUAAGAAUAUCUCAGAUAAAGGUAUGCAGCUAGUUGCUGAUAAUUAUGAAGGACUAAAGAAGUUGAACAUAACCAGGUGCAUUAAGUUGACAGAAGAUGGACUUCAAGAAGUGCUUCAGAAAUGUUCUUCUCUUGAAAGCUUGAACCUUUAUGCCCUAUCAAGUUUUGGCGAGAAGGUUUAUAAGAAGAUAGGAUCUUUAACUAACCUUACAUUUCUAGACUUGUGUGGGGCCCAGAAUCUAACCGAUGAUGGCCUUGCAUGUAUAUCAAGAUGUGUAGGUUUGACAUAUCUCAAUUUGUCCUGGUGUGUACGUGUUACUGAUGUUGGGGUGGUAGCUAUUGCACAAGGAUGCCAAUCCCUUCAACUGCUUAGUUUAUUUGGAAUAGUUGGUGUAACGGAUGUCUGCCUAGAGGCUUUGUCAAAACAUUGCUCACAUAGUCUCACAACUCUUGAUGUAAAUGGCUGUAUUGGUAUUGAGAAGAGAAGUCGGGAUGACCUUAUUCAGUUGUUCCCGUUCCUACGUUGCUUCAAAGUACACAGCUAGUUGACCCAGAUUUUUGUCAAGUUGUUUGUCCCACCAGGGGUCAGCAGUUCUUCCUGUUGGCACUUAAAAUAGAACUGAAGAGUCACACUCUAUAAGGGAACACAAUAGCAAGACAGUUUCUUUGUUUGUUUAUUGUCCAAUAUGUUUUGGGAGUGUGUAUAUCCUGUACGUGAACGCAUAUUUCCUGUGCAAACCAAGGUUGCGUAAGAACACAAAUUUUUGUUCUUUUCUCAUGGUUCUUAGCUCAUCUCUAAAUAUUGCUUGUUUGGGCCUGAUUAUUUACUGUAUGGAUUACGCCAGCAAUUUAUUUUUCGC